ACCGCCAUCUUUCCCGGGCAGAGCUAGAGAGACAGAGGGGUUGAGCCGCUGGGAGACACACAAUCAGCCUCCAUCCGCCCAGUAGAUCGCCUUUAAAUCCCGCUAGCUAACGCCAUGGAUGACCGAGAUGAUCUAGUGUAUCAAGCCAAAUUGGCAGAACAGGCCGAAAGAUAUGACGAAAUGGUUGAGUCCAUGAAGAAAGUGGCAGGAAUGGAUGUGGAAUUGAUGGUAGAUGAAAGAAACUUGCUCUCUGUAGCAUAUAAAAAUGUGAUUGGAGCUAGAAGAGCGUCCUGGAGAAUAAUAAGCAGCAUUGAACAGAAAGAGGAGAACAAAGGAGGAGAAGAUAAACUUAAAAUGAUCAAGGAUUAUCGGACAACUGUUGAAAGUGAAUUGAAAUCCAUCUGUAAUGACAUACUGGAUGUACUGGACAAACACCUCAUUCAAGCUGCAAAUAGUGGAGAAUCCAAGGUUUUUUACUAUAAAAUGAAAGGAGAAUUUGCUGUAGGAAAUGACAGGAAGGAGGCUGCGGAGAACAGUUUGGUAGCUUAUAAAGCUGCAAGUGAUAUUGCAAUGACAGAACUUCCUCCAACACAUCCCAUUCGUUUAGGUCUUGCGCUUAAUUUCUCUGUGUUCUACUAUGAAAUUCUUAAUUCUCCUGACCGUGCCUGCAGGUUGGCAAAAGCAGCAUUUGAUGAUGCUAUUGCAGAACUGGAUACACUGAGUGAAGAAAGUUACAAAGACUCCACACUUAUCAUGCAAUUGUUACGUGAUAACCUGACACUAUGGACUUCAGAUAUGCAGGGUGAUGGUGAGGAACAGACUAAAGAAGCACUGCAGGAUGUGGAAGAUGAAAAUCAGUGAGACCUUUAAAAGCCAAGAAGAGACCCUCUAUAACCAACAUCCCCUUCCUUCCAAAUAUCCCGUCUCACUCUGAGGACCCUCAAAAUUUGACUUUUUCACUGGUUCUCAGGAUUUAUGUUCCUGCCCAGUUGGGUGUAUCA